ACUUUGCAAACAACAAUCUGGGGCCAGGGGCCAUUUUGGAAGCAUCUGGCCAAGCUUCGCUUCCUGUCCGAAUAUGGAGAAGGUCAAAGGCAAGGAGUGGACCUCCACAGAGAAGGCGAGGGAAGAGGAUCAGCAGGCUUCCAAUCCACCAAACACGAGUGCUUUGCCGGGAACACCAGCAAAGGGGGGAACCAAAGGAAAAGUGCCUGUCAGAGGUGACAAAGUGCUCUGCCCUAAGAAGAAGGCAGAUAACCCCAGACCUCAGAAGAAGAUACCAAUCCCUCCCUUACCCUCUAAACUGCCGCCUGUUAAUCUGAUCCACCGGGACAUAGUGCGGGCCUGGUGUCAGCAACUAAAGCUAAGCACCAGAGGCCAGAAACUGGAUGCGUAUAAGCGCCUGUGUGCCUUUGCUUACCCAAACCAAAAGGAUUUCCCUAGCACAGCAAAAGAGGCCAAAAUCCGGAAGUCAUUGCAAAAUAAAUUAAAGGUGGAAAAAGGGAAAGCGUGCCUGCAGAGUUCUGGGACACAGCCUCCUCAAGUGGCCCUUCCCCCUGCGGAGGGGCUGCCUGCUCUGGAAGGGCCCCCUUCUCUCCUUGAGGGAGUUAAUACAGUUGUGGUGACAACUUCUGCCCCAGAGGCUGUGCUGGCCUCCUGGGCAAGAAUUUCAGCCAGGGCAAGGACACCAGAGGCAGUGGAAUCUCCACAAGAAGCCAGUGGUGUCAGAUGGUGUGUGGUCCAUGGGAAAAGUCUCCCUGCAGACACAGAUGGUUGGGUGCACCUGCAGUUUCAUGCUGGUCAGGCCUGGGUUCCAGAAAAACAAGAAGGGAGAGUGAGUGCGCUCUUCCUGCUUCCUGCCUCCAGUUUUCCACCCCCGCACCUUGAAGACAAUAUGUUGUGCCCCAAAUGUGUUCACAGGAACAAGGUCUUAAUAAAAAGCCUCCAAUGGGAAUAGAAUAUCAAGAAAAAGGCCAUAUCUAUGGUAAUGAAUGGUAGAAAGGCUGGAGAGUCGGAUUCCGUGGUGCUGCUGACAGGUGAACUUGGUCCUCUCCACACCUGCUUACGGGCCAUGCAGACUGCUGGGGUGUCAGAUCUUAGCCUAAGACCCCUAGCAGUGCCUGCUGCUUUGUGAGUAGAUAUGAUAGACUCUUGCAUUUAAAAACGGAAAAACAUUUCACAAAUUACCAUAAAUUGUAGUUAAUAUGUAGAAAAACUUACUCAUACUACCUUUCUACAAUAGAAAAGACUUCAGCAGCUUUUUGUGUUCUAUUUUGUUUUAUUGGUUUUUUUUUUUUUUUUUGAGACAGUAUCUCGCUCUGUUGUCCAGCCUGGUGUGCAGUGGUGCGAUCUCAGUUCAGUGCAAACUCCGCCUCCUGGGCUCAAGUGAUUCUCCUGCCUCAGCCUCCCGGGUAGCUGGGGUUACAGCCGCCUGCUGCCAUACCCAGCUAUUUCUUUAUUUUCAGUAGAGAUGGGGUUUCACCUUGUUGGCCAUGCUGGUUUCAAACUCCUGGCCUCAAGUGAUCCACCCACCUCAGCCGCCCACAAUGCUGGGCUUAGGCGCAUGAGCCAUUGUGCCUGCUUUCAGCAGCUCUUUUAAGUGAGAACUUCUUCAGCUGAGCGUUGGAAGGAGUUGAGUAAAACAGUAGUUUGCUCCUGUGCUCAAUUUUUCCUCCUCUGGGCACUGACGACUUUAGGAGCUGCUUCAUUCCAAUUGCAAUUUCAUAAAACAUUUCGUUUAAAAGUAUAUUAAGGCAAAGAAAGGCUGUUAAUUCUCUCCCUCUCCCCAAAACAUGAUUCUUUUCUUUUUUUUUUUUUUUUUGUGAUGGAGUUUCGCUCUCAUUACCCAGGCUGGAGUGCAAUGGCGCGAUCUCGGCUCACCGCAACCUCCACCUCCUGGGUUCUCCUGUCUCAGCCUCCUGAGUAGCUGGGAUUACAGGGACGCGCCACCAUGCCCAGCUAAUUUUUUGUAUUUUUAGUAGAGACGGGGUUUCACCAUGUUGACCAGGAUGGUCUUGAUCUCUUGACCUCGUGAUCCACCCGCCUUGGCCUCCCAGAGUGCUGGAUUACAGGUGUGAGCCACCACGCCUUACCCAAAACAUGAUUCUUAACAUUCAAAACAAUGUUUUUCAGAGUUCUCUUAAUCUGAGAUUUUUAUGGUGUGACUACAGAAUCAAAACACAAGGCACUUUGUAUUAUUUCAUUUAGAAUCUUGUAUAUUUCUGGUGUUUAAAAUGUUUAAGAUUGCUUCCCCACUCAGAAAUACAUAAUAUAUUGAACUUAAAAUGUGUUUAUUAACCAAUUCUCCAUAAAUAAAUAUGUAUAGAAAAUAAUUCAACCGUUGUAUUUAGGGAACCGUAUUCACUGCAUGCAAGUUAUUGUUAGUGUUCUUAAAGCAGGAAUAAACCGAAACGUGUGAUUUUUCUUUCGAAUUA